AUGGCCUCCCAUACUUGGAGAAUCCUUACCAAUAGAGAUUCGCUCUGGGUUAAAUGGAUCCACUCCUACAGGCUGAAAGAUCGUAAUUUCUGGGAUGCCCCGAUACGCAGUGAUGUUGGUUGGGGCUGGAGGAAGAUCCUGGGUAUGAGGGAAAAGAUAAGAGACUUUAUUGUCUCCCAGAUUGGUGAUGGCGCGUCCACGUCUACCUGGUAUGAUAACUGGCAUCCGGCUGGCCCCCUCUACCGGCAUAUCUCUUCACAUAGUAUUCUCAACUCUAAUAUUUCUCUCUCUGCUUCUGUCAGAGAUAUUGUUUUCCAGGGCAAUUGGACGUCUCCUCUCCUGAGGGACAAUUCCAACCCUUCUAUCUGCGUCUCUCCCCUCCCUGUCCUUUCCCCGACCACUCCUGAUCAGCUCCUCUGGAGAACUAGGGAUGGCCGUCUAACUCCUUUCUCUGUUCGUGAGGUGUGGCUCUCCCUCCGUCCCAAUGAGCCUGAUGUCUCCUGGCAUCAUUUAGUCUGGUUCUCUCAAAGCAUCCCUAGACAUGCCUUCAUUCUGUGCGUUGCUCUCAAGCAGCGUCUCAAGAUGCAUGAUAAACUUCGGUUCUGGGAGGCCCAUUCUGACCUGUCCUGUGCGUUCUGUCAGAACGGGCCUGAUUCGCAUUCGCAUCUUUUCUUUGAGUGCCCAUUUCCUAAUCUGGUCUGGAAUGGCUUAAAGGCUAAGAUGAACCUCAAUGGUGUCCCGGAUAACUGGGAUGAUAUUAUUAGUAUGCUCCAACAAGCCACCAAAGGAAAGACCAUCUGGUCGAUCAUUCGUCGUUUAGUGCUUGUUGGGACCGUCUACCACCUGUGGCAUGAAAGAAAUAACCGUAUCUUCAAAAGCAAGAGAAGAUCGCAUAUUAUGGUGGGUAAGACUAUUACUGAUGAUGUCCGAUCCAGGCUCCUCAGCCUGACUUUCAAGCCCUCCCCCAAUGUUGACCGGGCUCAGCUUGCCUGGAACCUUCCUUAG